AUGAAGACAAGAGCGACGCAGAGUCUCACGAAAUUUGUAGUCCUGUUAUUGGCCGUGUUGGCGAAGACGGGAGCUGAUUAUCGUGCAACUAGUGGUGAAGAUCACAUCCGACGUCCGUGGAGAGGCAGCGAUGGUGAAGAGGAGCAACGGGUCGUGGAAGAAGCAGCAGGAGACGAACAUGAUCAUCAUCCGUGGUGGGAUGAUGAAAAUGAUCAUCUGAAGGCGCUAAUGUUGUGGGGUAGCGAACGGGUGGGUAGGAUCCCGGUGAACGUCGAUAGCUUUGACGCAGUCGGGGAUGGCGUCGCGGAUGACACCCGGGUGCAAGGAACGAUAAUUGCGCCGGAGGAGCCGAAGCAAUGGGACCCGAAGAAUCCACGAGCAUGGCUCGUCUUCUCCAAGCUGACGGGGAUCAGGAUUCAAGGGGGCGGCACCAUUGACGGCUCAGGCACUAAAUGGUGGGCCUCCUCCUGCAAGAUCAACAAGACCAAUCCUUGCCGAGAGGCCCCAACGGCAUUUAGCAUUGAUUCAAGCUCAGGGGUACGAAUAAGGGAUCUCACCAUACAGAACGCUCAGCAAAUGCACUUUACUAUCUCUCGUUCCGAUACUAUAAGAGUUUCUGGCGUGCGGAUACGCUCUCCCCGAGAUAGCCCCAAUACGGACGGCAUUCACAUUAGCGACUCCACCAACAUUGCCAUCCAGAAUUGCCGGAUCGGGACAGGGGAUGAUUGCAUCUCGAUUGUGAAUGGUAGCUCUACUAUUAAGAUGAAGAACAUUGAUUGCGGCCCUGGGCACGGUAUCAGCAUAGGGAGCUUGGGAAAGGACAACACAGCAGCAACAGUGACAGGCGUCGUCUUGGACACUGCAACACUUACGGAGACUUCAAAUGGCCUAAGAAUCAAGACUUGGCAGGGGGGAUCGGGUUACGUGAAAUCAGUGCGCUUCGAGAAUGUGAAGAUGAAUGAUGUUGAGAACCCGAUAAUCAUCGACCAAUUUUAUUGUGAUUCUAUGACGCGAUGCAAGAACCAGACAUCAGCGGUAAAGAUAAGCCAAGUCAUGUACAAGAAUAUAAGUGGUACCUCAAGGAGUCCUAGUGCCAUGAAAUUUGCUUGCAGCGAUACAGUACCAUGUAGCAACAUUGUGCUAAACAAUAUUAACCUAGAGACAGAAAAUGGUAACGCGGAAACAUUUUGCAACUGUGCUAUGGGAUUUGACUACGGAUUUGUGCGACCUGCUGCAGACUGUUUGAAAAACACGGCUUGUGAUGGGUCAAGGGAUUACAAGCAAAAGGAAACUCGUAAAAUUCUUCAUACAGAGCUAUAACGUGUUAUCUAGCUAGCCUAUAAGAAUUGAGUUAUAAGAAUUGAGUGAUAAAUGAAAACUAUUAUGAUAUACAGGUAAACGCUACGUGUUGUCUAUAAUUUGAGAUAAUAUAUAUUCCGGAAGAUCUAGAAA